CAAGGCAACAGGAAGAACUAGCAUGUUCGCACUAUUCACACUUGCAGCCAUGGCGUACGCCAUGGAAAUGGACAUGGACGAGCCCAAGGUCGAGUUCCACCCUAUCAACCCGGGCUCGAAAACAUUCCACUGGAUCCUCACCUUGUUUAUCUUGCUUAUCAUCCCAUCCGUAUCGGCCGUGUUUGCCAUUGCCAACAGAUUAUCGUGGUCUUUGGUUCUCCACUUUAUCGCAGCGGGCUACUCCGUGUUUGAGACUUUGUUCUUGGACUUCCCCGACAACAUCGACAACCACGAGAACAGAACGUCCAAGGGAACAAGUUGGUUCUUGAGUGCGCUCCUUGGAGUGACCGUAUUCGUUGGGACAUUCAUCAACGGGACAAACUUGGUGAUUAACAAGUUCUACCCCAAGUACGCGUCCCCUAACGAGUACAGCAAAAUGUCCAAGCUUUAUAAGUCGCUUUCCGUGGUGGUGGUGCUAACUGGUUGGGUCAGAGUGUGUAUGGCCCCAGUAGCACUUUUCGGAUUCUGUUACGGAAGACACACUGGGCAGUGUAUAGCCCAUGGUAUAAUGGGAUCGGCAUUUAUCGCGUACUCAUUCGUGCUUUCACUCGUGCUAGUUGUGCCUUGGAUCCGUAAACACCAACUUCUUUCACAAGGUGCAGGCAAAAUGAAAUCCCAAGAAUUCUUGGACUCGACGGUAAUGAUGGUAUGGGGGAUUGUCAACACAUUUACCGAGCAUCGAUGGGGUAGGGAGGGCUGGUCAAUGGGUGACUAUCAACACACGUCCAUGGGAAUCAUCUGGUGGGCCGGUGGUCUUUUGGGAAUGUUCUUGUCGCGUAAUAACAACCGGUCGUUUGUUCCUGCCUUGCUUCUUAUAUUUACUGGAUACUCAAUGUCGGCACAUUCGCAACACUUGAUGAUCCUGACAAAAGUGCAUGCCGUUUUUGGUAUUGCGUUAAUGGGGGCCGGUGUCACGCGGAUCAUGGAGAUUCUGUUGUUGUUAAAGGACAAGGCGUGUUCUCCUAGUGGGAAGAUUUUACAAUUCCAAUACUUUCCCUGCUUUUGCUUGUGUUUAGCGGGGAUUAUGUUUAUGGGUGCAAACGAAGAACAGUUGCAGUUGGUGCAUGACUUAGGGAGUGAUCAUUCCGCAUAUGUUUUAGUGGUUAGUUCAGCGGCGUUUAUGAUCUUCUUGUGGUUCCAAGGGUUGCUUUGGGGAUACUUGAGAUUGGUUGGAUAUGAUGAAGAUGGAGAAAUUGCUCCAGCAAAGUACGAGGCGGUGGAUAUAGAAGAUUUCGAAUUGGGGGAUAUGUCUGCUGAAGAGACUGAGUAGACAUGUACUUUAGUUUUAUAGCUGUAAAAUAUGAGAUAUUAUACCUUAUACAGGAGGUUGUCUAUAUAUAAUGUUGUAUGUAUUGUACGCAAUGUAUGCAUGGUAAGCU